AUAUAUGUAAAAAAAAAAAAGUACUAUUAUUCCAUCACUGCAGAAAAUAUGGGAAAGAAAAUUAGCGGUUGGAACUUUGCAGUUACGUAACAAAAUUCUAUUGGAUAUCGGAAUCUAACAAUCUUUUCAUGAUCUUCAUCCUUAUAGGGUUUUCUGAGAAUUUUCCAAAUCAAUCAAUGCGUGCCUGAAUGCAUCUCAAAACGACGAAAUAUUAGAUCCCCACUCCUCCGUAGUUUCAAUUCAUCACAAACUCGCUAAAUCCCAUAUUACAUUAUCGUUUGACUGGUUUCCUUGCUGCACUAUGGACAUAGAGUCGUUGACUGAAUUUUCCAAUUGUCAUUUUCCCUGAGCUGAAUACAAAUAACUUCUUAUAAAGGUGCUUUUAGGUGGAUAGCAAAAGAGAAUAUACAGUCUAAAAGAGAUUUCUCAACCAACAGGGUAGUGCUGCAAUGUUGGCCUCUAGAGAAAUGAUGACUUUCCAAUCUUACCAGGACCAGGCUAACUUAUUCGUGAAGGAUUAUUUACUAGCAGACUCUUGGAUUCCGUAUACUUCUAUUGUUGGUGGCAUUUUUGCUUGCAAACUGAUCUAUGAUCUUACUCAGCUUGUGUGUACUAAUUACUUUAAGAGCUAUUCCAGCUUCUCAAAAAUUCAACGUAUUGAAUGGAAUAACCGAGCUAUAUCAACUAUUCAUUCAGUUUUCAUAACAACUAUGUCAUUAUACUUGGUGUUUUGCUCAAAUUUGUUUUCUGACAACCAGUCUACUGAACCUAUUACAGUUCGAAGCUCUUCAUUGUCAACAUUUGCACUGGGGGUUUCUGUUGGUUACUUCAUUUCUGAUUUUGCGAUGAUUCUUUGGUUCUUUCCUUCUCUUGGUGGAUAUGAGUAUGUCAUUCAUCAUCUGCUUUCUUUAGUGGCAGUAGCAUAUUCAAUGUUGAGUGGGGAAGGGCAGCUUUACACAUACAUGGUCCUGAUCUCUGAGACAACUACUCCAGGAAUCAAUUUGAGAUGGUAUCUUGAUGUAGCUGGUAUGAAAAGAUCCAAAGCUUAUCUCAUCAAUGGGGUUGUAAUAUUCCUUGCUUGGAUGGUUGCCAGAAUACUUCUGUUCAUUUAUUUGUUUUACCAUGUGUACUUGCAUUUUAAUCAGGUUGAGCGGAUGCACAUCAUUGGGCAGAUAUUGGUAGUUGUUGUGCCAUUGGUGCUAUCUGUUAUGAACUUGGUUUGGUUUGCAAAGAUUGUUAAAGGCUUGAGGAAGACAUUGGCAAAGAGGCAGUAAAUAAUCAGCAUAGUACAAUUUAUUGCAGAAAAGUGUAUAGAUUUCCCUGUUUAUAUUUGUCUCUCCUUUGCAUGUGGAUAUUAUAAACUGGAUCUGUUUUUGGUGUUAAUGUAGAUAUAUAAAAGCUGGUUCCGCUUCACGAGUAAGUUUUUAACUUAUACCUUUA